CCUCUCUUUCUCCCUCGAGUCCUUCGAGCUUGCCGCUUGCCUCUCUUUUCCCCUCUCUCUUUUGAUGCUGUCCUGUUUUUUCCUUCUCUGUUACUUUUGUGUAUACCUGUUUAUAGCGCCGCGUGUGGGUCCUGACUCGGAAAAAGAGAGACAUGCGUGACUAGACGUCGGCUCGUUUAGGAUAUUCGCUAUGGCUGCUCGACCACCGCAAUCCCCAUGGCUGGCCAUAUCGGUUGCUGGGUGCUGUGCAUCCGCUGAGCUGCGCGAGGAGAAGGAGGCUGCCUUGAGGGCGAAUAGCCCCGUUGAGAUGCAGAUAUGUUACGACCAACCGCGAGCAGUAGAGCUGCCUCGAGCCGAGCCGGAGCACCCUCGUCCCAUGACCAGCCACUCCGUGUCCCGUCACGUCUCGCAAUGGGUCAUGAGCGGCCGCGAUACCAUGUCCAGGGCCUCGAUACGGACGAGCUCCUCCACCGUCAAACGACCGUGGGUAGCUCACCCCAAGGGCCGUCCGAGCAUCAGCGGCCCAACAGACUUCCGCCGGGUCGAAGGACUCGACACGUUCCAAGAGGAGGAGGCAAUGCCCGUACGUCGACGACGAAGCUUCAGACCGUUGGAGCUAUCCAUCUACGUGGACAACGGCCGCCUCUCGCCGCUCCCUGACUUCGCCGAGGCCGAGUGGAGUAGUCUGCCAGCUGGGCUGGAAUUCCCCGCACAGGCACGCGUCAGGUCAUCAUCAAAAACCGAUUCGAUAUCGUCUAAUACAUCAUACCGCAUCCAACGCAAGCCCGUUGGCUCCAACAGGUCUAGCGUUAGCAGUUCCAUUAGCAGACCGGCUUCCACUCACCUUCCCCAAACCGAGUCCUUCUGUCAAUCUCCUAGCACAUUCCAGCGCUCGGGCACGAUCAGCAGCAUCGCCUCUCCCCGCACCCCUCUCUCAAGCCUCCCGUCCCCAUCGCGUGCUCGCUCAUGCACAGACUCUCCGCACACUCUCCCAAAACGCGGCAGCCUCCGUCGCGCCAAAACCGACGUCGAGCGAGAGAUCCGAGAGCUCAACACGAUUGUAGAGGAUCGCCGUGCCGACGCCCGUCUCGGUCCAUCCGCAGCCUUCCCUAACAUCCCUCCGCCAUCCCCCUCCCACCAUGUCCCAGCAAUCGCGCCCUCCCUCCGCAUGCACGUCCGCUCAGAAACGCUCUCCGACAUCGGUUCCGCCUUCUCCGUUCCCUUCGUCUCCAAACCCCUCCCCAGCUCCCCUCUCCCCAACGCGCGCUCCCGCUCGCAACCCUCCUCCCCAACCCCCUCCCUCUUCGCCACCCGCACCCAGAAACUCAAACUCAUUCCCCCUCCCCCCCCCACCCCGUCCAGGACCGCUAAACUCCAACCCCAUCACCCCGCCCACCCCCACCGUCCCAACGCCCACCACGCCCCUCGGCCGUCUAGGUGCUUGGCUCAAACGCUCUAUCCCUUCGUCCCCAACUACACCCACCUCUGCCGCUGCGUACAAGAUCUCGAAACCGAUCCCGCAGCAGCACUCCACCCCGACGCCUUUCUACCAGUGCACGCCGCAGCCGCAGCCACAAGAAACACACCACCAGCACAGCGGCACCGAGAGCGGCACGCAGUCGCUGCUCUCGCGCCCACACACGCGCCAAGCGAGCGCGGAAACCGGGACUGUCACGCUGCUGUCGUGCCCGUCGACGCCGGCGCUGAGCUCGCGCACGGCGAGCCCGACGUUCGAGGACGAGGCGAAGAGCGAACGGUUCCGCUUUGGGCCGGGGAGCCCGGAGACGCCGAGCGGGCAGUUGCGGGGCGCGUUGGGGAAGGAGAUGGGGGUGGAUGUGAGGAUGGUUGGGAUUGAUGGGGAGGAGGCCGGGUUUGUGAGCCCGGUUAGUCCGGUUGGUGUUGCGUUUUGAGGGGGUUGGGCUUGACGGUACUUCAAGCGGAAAAGGAGGGGGUGACGGCGCGGUGGAAUGAUAUGAGAUUGGAUGGGAUGGGAUGGGUACGCGAUUUAUGCCCGCACGCCAGAGAAGACAUUCUUGGG